AUGCGGCGCCGUACGCGCCGAAUUUUUUGGGGCGACUCCACUUUAAUUCCGGAGGUCCGGUGUUCGAAUCCGGGUCCGGGCGGCCCCUUUUUUCCGUAUUUUCUCGGUAUAUUAUUGGUAUAUUCGGGUCCACCCUUAGAUUCUAGAUUUGAUCAAAUAUAUCAAAUAUACGGGCUAGAAUAUUUGAUUGUUUGA